UGAACAGAGGCAGGCUGCGGGCAGAAGAAGCAGCAGCAGCAGCAGCAGCAGAAGCAGCACUACAGAGCCGAGCAGUCAUCCAUGGGAGCCCGUACCCGAGGCGGGUUGAAAAGGCAGACUGGCUGACGUGAUGACGUUACCGGGAGAAGCGGCUCUCCUGCGGGCAGACAGCUGAUGGAGAGGGCUCCCUGCGCCGCCUCCUCCUCCUCUCUCACACACCGGGGCCGGGGUCGUACGAGGAGGACGCGGAACCCAGAAAUGACGCACUGAACUGGGACUGAAACUUUUUUUUUUUGCAUCAACUGGAAACACUGGGAUGUGUUGAAGGGGACGGGAUGGAUGCAUAGCCUGUCACAGGAUACAGGUUUUCUUUUUGUGUGUGUCUGUGUGGAUGUUUGCUAACACCGGUACUCUUUAACUGCCUUGUGGUUGAAAGGGCAUCAACAAGGUGAUCAAACACAUCAAAAAUGACCUGAAUCAGUGCCUUUUUGUUGUGUAUACAGCAUGAUAAAUCCAAUCCAGCAAUGCUAAAGUCUGCAUCUUUGUGACCUCAUUUAAGUUUUAUCACCUUUAAGUCAGUAUUGCAAAUCAACGAGAUAGCCGAGAAAAGAAGAGAGAGGCGCAAGUACUAUGCACCGCUGUCUCACGCCUGACACUGAACUAGUAACCUCAGCGGAGGAGAGGCGCUCAUAACGGUACCGACCCCUCCGAAGAAACCACCUUCUUUCCUCCUUUUCUUUUUUUUUUCUUUGGUUAAUCCACGGGGAGGUGUGUAGAGAUCCUGCAGGGAUGUUCGCCGCCGUGGAGCAUGGCCCCGUCCUCUGCAGCGACUCCAACAUCCUGUGCCUGUCAUGGAAGGGCCGGGUGCCCAAGAGCGAGAAAGAGAAGCCGGUGUGUCGUAAGCGUUACUACGAGGAGGGCUGGCUCGCAACUGGGAACGGACGAGGAGUUGUUGGGGUCACGUUCACGUCCAGCCACUGCAGAAGGGACAGGCCCACCCCGCAGAGAGUUAACUUCAACCUCAGAGGACACAACAGCGAGGUGGUGUUGGUGCGGUGGAAUGAGCCCUUCCAGAAACUGGCCACCUGUGAUACAGACGGAGGGAUCUUUGUUUGGAUCCAGUAUGAGGGCCGCUGGUCUGUGGAGCUGGUCAAUGACCGUGGAGCUCAGGUGAGUGACUUCACCUGGUCCCACGAUGGCACCCAGGCUCUUAUCUCCUACCGAGAUGGCUUUGUUCUGGUGGGAUCAGUCAGCGGGCAGAGACACUGGUCCUCCGAGAUCAACCUGGAAAGCCAGAUUACCUGUGGUAUCUGGACCCCCGAUGACCAGCAGGUGUUGUUCGGUACUGCAGAUGGACAGGUGAUAGUGAUGGACUGCCACGGGCGCAUGCUGGCCCACAUUCUGCUGCAUGAGUCGGAUGGCAUCGUCAGCAUGUCCUGGAACUAUCCCAGUUUCCUGGUGGAGGACAGCAGUGAGAGCGACACGGACUCUGACGACUACUCCCCACCUCAAGUGCACAGCCAGAAACCACUGCUGACUGUCAGCUUCACCUCUGGAGACAUCAGCCUGAUGAACAACUACGAUGACCUCUCUCCCACCCUCGUCCGUACCGGUCUGAAAGAUGUGGUGGUCCAGUGGUGCUCGCAGGGGGACCUCCUUGCAGUGGCAGGGAUGGAGAGGACCCUCCUCUCCCCCGACCCCUCAUGUCCUCCCCCCACCAGGAACGCCAUCGUCAAGUUCUACAACGUUCGGGGUGAACACAUCUACACACUGGACACACCAGCACAGCGCCCCAUCACUACGCUGUGCUGGGGUCACCGGGACUCUCGUCUGUUCUUGGCCUGUGGCCCGGCGCUCUACGUUGUGCGAGUCGAGCACCGCGUUGCCAACCUGCAGCUGCUCUGCCAGCAGGGCAUCGCCACAGCAGUGAAGGAGGAGAAAGAUGUCGCCAAGCUCACCAUGCCUUCCCGCCUUUGUUCUUACGUCACUACUGCUUUUGUCCCCACCAUCAAGCCCCCCAUCCCGGAUCCCAACAACAUGCGUGAUUUUGUGAGCUACCCAACAGCUGGAAACGAGCGCCUGCACUGUACCAUGAAGCGUACGGAAGAUAACCCUGAGGUUGGAGGACCAUGCUACACUCUGUACCUGGAGUACCUAGGAGGUCUGGUGCCUAUCCUAAAAGGCAGACGAAUAAGCAAACUGCGUCCAGAGUUUGUCAUUAUGGACCCCAAGACGGACGGGAAGACAGAUGAGAUAUACGGCAACAGUCUGAUAUCUGCCAUGAUUGACAGCUGUAACUGCUCAGAUUCCAGCGACAUCGAGCUGAGUGAUGACUGGGUUGGCAAGAAAUCUCCAAAGAUAUCCAGGGGCAGCAAAUCCCCCAAACUGCCUAGGAUCAACAUUGAUCCCAGAAAAUCACCCAAGCUGUCGCGUGCUACACAAGAGAUCUCCAGGUCACCACGGUUACCUAUACGGAAACCCUCGAUUGGGUCACCUAGUCUAACACGGAGGGAAUUUCCUCUCGACGACAUUACUCAGCAAAAUUACCUCGCUCAGGUCACAUCCAAUAUUUGGGGGACAAAGUUUAAGAUUGUGGGGCUGGCCACAUUCUUGCCAACCAAUCUUGGUGCAGUCAUCUAUAAGACAAGCCUUCUCCAUCUGCAGCCCAGACAGAUGACCAUCUACCUUCCAGAGGUGCGCAAGAUCUCCAUGGACUACAUCAAUCUGCCUGUCUUCAGCCCCAACGUCUUCAGUGAAGAUGAAGAUGAUCUGCCUGCCACAGGCCCUGCUGGUGGUGCUGACGACAACCCGCCCUGCACUGUCAACAUCCCUAUUGCCCCCAUCCAUAGUCCCGCCCAGGCCAUGUCCCCCGCCCAAAGCAUCGGCCUGGUCCAGUCACUCCUAGCCAAUCAAAAUGUUCAGCUGGAUGUUCUAACGAAUCCCACAGCUAACCCUGCUGGGGCUGCUGCUAGUGGGUCAGACCAAAGCCAGGACACCAUCCUGACAGCCCAGUACACAGUACCCACCAGAUACUCCAGUCCUGGUCAGGUCAUCUUUGGGGGACUAGAAAUGGGUCGUCUAAUGGUGGGACCUCCACCUUCUCAGAUCCCUCAUCCACCUGCUGAUUUAGUGGUAGAGAGAGCAGCGGGAGGAGACCACGAGCACCUACUGAAAAUAAAAACCACUCGGUCAACUCCACAGCUGGCUGAGGGUGAUACGGUGGUGUUCAGUGCCCCUCUAGAGCUCAGCAAGAUGAACCCCCCGCCUCCCUACCCAGGGACAGUGGCUGCUGCUGUGGCUGCUGCAGCAGCUGCUGCUGCUUCAGCUUCAGCCUCCACCGCAGCCUCCAACCCUGCAUCUGGAACAGGAGGGAGCACCAGUGGGACUCCUCCCCCUGGUGAUGUUUGUAUGAAGAAGGGCGAGUUCCCACUUUAUGCUUCAGGUCAGCAACAAGCUCAGUACCCCACACCACUGGGAUAUGAGAGGAUAACAACAUUUGACAGCAGUGGGAAUGUUGAGGAAGUGUGUCGUCCUCGAACACGCCUCGUCUGCAAUCAGAAUGUCUACACACUCCAGGGACCUGGCAGCUCUGCCACUCUCAGGGUCACCUCCUCUUCCUCAUCGUCCUCCUCCUCCUCCUCCUCAGCUGACAAGAAGAUCCAGCUGCCCUACACCUCUGCCACCCUCAACAGACUUACUGCACCUCGUUAUUCCAUACCUAGCGGAGACCCGCCCCCAUACCCUGACCCAGCCAAUCAGAAUGGUGCUGUUGGCAGGAACUCUGGACAGAGGCUCGACAGCAGUCUGAUCCACGCCACUCUCAGGAGGAACAGCCGAGAGGCCGCUCUCAAAGUUUCCCAGAUGUUGGAACCACCCAGACCGCUGCCUCCUAAGGCCAAAAAUAGCGGUGCACUAGCAGCUUCGUUCCAGCAGAGGGUGCCAACAGCCUUAUACACCUGCAGUCAGUGCAGCAGUGGAUCCAAUGUUGGAGGCACUGCCCCAGGGAGCGCUAAUGGAAUCGCAGGAGGAACUAUCAUCAGACAGGAUUUCCCUCCAGGGAACGGGGCGCCACACAGCACAGUUAUUGUUCAUUCCAACAGCGCCACUCCUCUGGCCUCCCAGUCCUCUUACAACCUGCUGAGCUCUCUCGAAGGGUCUGGGACUGCAGCAGGAGGAGGAGGAAGUAACAGAGACAGGGCUGAUUAUGUUAAUUCAGCAUUUACUGAGGAUGAAGCACUGAAUCAGUCACUGAGGCAUCUGGCGCUCGGCGGAAAUGAUGCAUCAGGGCUGGUUGUCAAACGCCCACCUCCCUAUCAGUGGGACCCAGCUGCCACAGAGGAAGUGUGGGUUCCUCAGGAACGGACAGCAACACUAAAUCCCAAUGCCCCCUCUGGACCCCACAAACCACCCCCACUUAUUCUCAGCCCGGCUCAGCACUUGGAUGUGUCCAGGCUGCCUUUUGUCCUUUCUCCAAAGUCCCCCACCAGCCCCAGUGCUGCAUCAUUUCAAGCUGCUGCAGCAGCUGCAGGCUACCAAAUCUCUCUCCAGUACCCGCCAGCAACUGCCUAUUCUGGAGCCCAGCUCCAGCCCAUCCCGGGGUCACCACGCCCUUGUUCCUCUCCAAAGGAAAUGGUGGCACCGGUACCUUUUUCACAGCAGGACGCAACCCUUGUCUUACCUCCAGGUUACUCUGCAAAUCUUGCAAACCUAGCUUGCUGCCCUCUCCCACCCAUGUAUCCAGGAGGAAGUGCUUGUGCUGGGCUUCCCAUUCCCCCUAUCGCCCUUCACACUCCUUGGGGUACAUAUAACUCUUGCCCGCCUAUGCCCAGUCCUUCAGUGCCACUACCACCCAAAGCCUCCCACAUUGCAAUAGACAAAAAUGUUCUCUCGCCUCCGCCUCCUCCUCCUCCUCCACCCCCUCCACCACCACCAGCAGAGCUGCAGAGCCAUGGAGGAUUGCAAGAAGCUAUGGCAGAGGCUGGGGAAGGUUUUCAAGAGGUGCUCUCCUUGACUGAGAGCCCCGUGCCACAGCGAUCUGAGAAGUUAAGCAAGAAGAACCGCAAGCGGGUUGAUGGGCGCGCUGAGGAGGCUAAUGUGCCACCCUUAGCUGAAGGGAGCAAGUCAAAAAAAGAGGGCAGAGCUUUGGGUGACUUCAACUCACUCAUCUCCAGUCCACGGCUCGGAGGAAGGGACAAGAAAAAACUCAAGGGACAGAAAGAGCAGCAAUUGAAGGCAAAGAAGCUGAAUAAGGCCACUGCCAAUAGUGAGUUCCAAGAUAGCUCGGAAAGCGAGCCAGAGCUGUUCAUCAGCGGGGACGAGCUGCUCAACCAGUGCCAGAGCGGUAAGAAGGGCUGGAAGACGAAGAGGAACCUGAGGGCUGCCAGCGAACUGGACGAGAUCAAGUGUCGAAAGGCCAACGAGAAGGAGGACAGAGGACUGGGCAGUCAGGGGUUUGUGUAUGUCAUGGCCAACAAGCAGCCACUGUGGAACGAAGCCACACAAGUCUACCAGCUGGACUUUGGUGGACGCGUCACACAAGAGUCUGCCAAGAACUUUCAAAUCGAACUGGAGGGCAGACAGGUGAUGCAGUUUGGCAGGAUUGACGGCAACGCGUACAUCCUGGACUUCCAGUAUCCCUUCUCUGCUGUGCAGGCCUUUGCAGUGGCUUUAGCCAACGUUACACAACGCCUCAAAUGAUAUGUCCCCUCCCUACUUUACCCUGAGUUAUAUCUGGGAUUUAAAUGCAAUUUGUUGAUGGGGGCAAAGUUGUUUCAUUUGAGAUUAAUAAACUUUGAUUUUAGAGAGAAGACUAAAAUCAGCCCUGGCUAUAGAGAGAGAGAAAUACAAUCAUGCUGCACUACACAAUGCUGCCACUAGAGUUGGUGCAAUAAGCAUUGGCUGCAUUUACCAAGGAUGCCCUCAGAUUUGCACCGUUUUGGCAGUCAGUGGCACCUUGCAAUGCAUGUAGGGCCAAAGAGCUGAGCUUUGGUAAUCAUCAUGCAAAUAAAUGCUGCUUUAGCUAGAAGAAGCUUAUAGACAUGAUAAUCGAUGGGUUAACUGAGAGAGGAGAGGAGUUGUCAUGGUGCAGUUUUCAAAAGAAGCAGCAGUAAUACUUGAAAAAAACACUCUGGAGAUCAAAGUUGUUUUUUCCCAGAGCGCACAGGUACUACUGGGCACUGAAAUCCAUUGCUGUACAAAACUUCAGUGAAACAGUUACCACUUUAUUAUACUGCUUUUGCUUUUAGGUUUUUAUUAAAUGACUAAACACGGUGGAGGGUCGGAGGGUCUUUUUGUUUUCGCUCUCUGCCAUUCCUUUUGUUACUAUCUCAGUCUAUCUCGGCUGGAAUUGAGGCUUAGAUAUAUGCAUCAUUUAGGAGCACUACUAAGAGUUCACACUUUUCACUGUCGUGGAAGGCGUGUCACUGUUACAAACUUGGGAUUGUCAAGUAGUAAAUAUAGCUGAGUCGAUCUGCAGUCUUUUCCACAUGGUUUACUGGGACUUUGAAGGAAGAAGAAAUGUUACCCUGCUACAUGGAUUAAUUAAUUUAUAUGUACAUUUUGUUGUUUAUCUUAUUCAGAUUAGAAUUUUAACAUUAUUGACAUUGUUUGUGAUAUACAAUCUUCAUACCCUGUCAACAUGGUUUUCAAUUUGCCUGCUUUUAUUUGGGAGACUGAAUUUGAAUAUUGCUGUGUCGUCUGGAGUAAUUCAGAUGGGAGGGGAGGGCGUACGGAAUAGCUUUGACUGACAUAUCCUGUACUUCAUGAAAUAUCUACAUAUGGUGACACGGGGCGCAAACAGAAGUCGCCAUGGCCUGGAUUGAACAACUCUGGCAUGAAGUGAAAUUUGUCACCUGCUGUCACUUCUGUGAAGUGAGUGUGUAGUUUGAGAGUCCCUGCUCUUAAAGACCACACUAAACAUGUGAGCAAGGUACAGGAAAUAUUUUUGUAUAUUUCGCCUAUGCCAUUUCAUACUGUCUUCAGAAGUCAUGUAAAUACAUAUCAGUCAUAUGUACAUGUUGUAAAGACUUGGGUGACUCUGACAGAUGUUUGUUUACGCCUGUCUCCACUGUGUUUUAAGUGUAACUGCAGGUGUUGAGCGAAGCUGUAGUAGUGCUGUUUUCACAGUCACAACCACGAAACGACAAGUCUAGAGUUAAGCUGAAAUCAUUGUUACUGAAUUUUUUUUUUUGAAGUCAGAACUCCAAUGAAGGAUGAAGCUAUUGAAAUCUGUUCAUUUAAUAAGCUGACACUGAAAUCUGAAAAGCUGUUUUUCUUUGUUUUUUUCUUUCAGGCAGUCAAGUUUGUGUUGAACUAAGGACACAGAGCAGGGCCAGCUGGUAGGAGAGUAAAUUAUUAGGCACAUUGCAAAUAUCUGCAAUAGGUUUUAUUUGUAUAAAAUAAAAGUAGCCAAAGUCAGUAAAAAAAAAAAAAAGAAGGGCAGUAAUAUUUAGGCUUAAUAACAAUAG